GCUCCGUCCACUCCGACGCGGCGGUGUCCUUCUGCCCGGGAGAGGGGAGGCAGGUCUGAGGACCUCUCUGUGACCAGGCCAGAACCGCCACCCCCAGCGAGGCCAGGACCCCUGCCCAGGACGGACAUGGGGCCCAGCUGCCGGCCCCACCUUGGACUAAACCUGCUGCUGCUCCUCCUGGCCCUGCCCGCCGGGGGCCAGGCUGACACAGGCUGCUACGGGACUCCAGGGAUGCCAGGCCUGCCUGGGGCCCCGGGGAAGGACGGGCAUGACGGGCUGCCGGGGCCCAAGGGGGAACCAGGAAUCCCAGCCAUUCCCGGGACACGAGGACCCAAGGGGCAGAAGGGAGAACCCGGCACACCUGGCUAUCCCGGGAAAAAUGGCCCCAUGGGACCCCCUGGGAUGCCGGGGGUUCCCGGCCGCAUGGGGCCCCCCGGGGAGCCCGGCGAGGAGGGCAGAUACAAGCAGAAGCACCAGUCGGUGUUCACCGUCACUCGGCAGACAGCCCAGUACCCGGCGUCCAACGGGCUGGUGAAGUUCAACUCGGUCGUCACCAACCCGCAGGGGGAUUACGACACGAGCACGGGCAAGUUCACCUGCAAAGUCCCCGGCCUCUACUACUUUGUGUACCACACAUCGCAGACGGCCAACCUGUGCGUGCACCUGUACCGCAGCAACGUCAAGGUGACCACCUUCUGCGACCACAUGUCCAACAGCAAGCAGGUCAGCUCGGGCGGCGUGCUGCUGCGGCUGCAGGUGGGCGAGGAGGUGUGGCUGGCCGUCAACGACUACAACGGCAUGGUGGGCACCGAGGGCUCCGACAGCGUCUUCUCCGGCUUCCUGCUCUUCCCCGACUAGGGCGGGCGGGCAGGCCCCGGCCCCCCAGGCCGUCCUCCCCCUGCUUCCCUCCAGGACCCACUGUGCUGGCCACUCUCUGCACCCUUGCUCAGGGCCCUCUCGCCGCCUGAUGGACUCCUCCUCCAGGAAGCCCGCCCAGCCCCCACCCGUGAGCUCUCUCCCUCCUUCACGAGUCACUGCUUACACUAUCCCUUUGACACGUAACCAACACCUUCUGGUACUGUUAUUAGGGCUUUUUUCAGGUCUUGGAAGAGGUGGGGAGAUACAUAA